UUGAUCAUAAAAAUAGAUUGAAAAUUGUAUAGUUAAGAUUUAGUCAAAAAUGGGGGACGAAGUGAAGCUAAUUGGCAAAUCGAUUAGUGCAUUUAGUCUGAGAAUAGAAGUUGCCCUAAAAUUAAAAGGGAUCCACUAUGAAUUCAUAGAAGAAGAUCUCCUGAACAAGAGUCCUUUGCUUCUGAAAUUAAAUCCAGUUCAUCAAAAAAUUCCAGUGCUCAUACACAACGGCAAAUCAAUUGUAGAGUCGCUUGUUAUUCUCGAAUACAUCGAAGAAACUUGGAAGAAUAAUCCAAUCCUGCCUAAAGAUCACUAUGAUCGAGCCACAGCUCGUUUUUGGGCUAAAUUCAUCGACGAAAAGAUCGUGGCACUUUCCCGCAAAUAUCUUUUAGCAAAAGAUGAGGAAAUUGAGGAGAUUUUAAAAGAAAUCAGUGAGCAUUUCAAGAUUCUUGAGAAUCAAUUGAAGAGAAACGAACUUUUUGGUGGUGAUGGCAUUGGAUAUUUAGAUAUUGUAAUUUUCUACAUAAUCUAUUGGUACCAAACUGUACAAGAAGUUAAGCAGAUGGACUUAUUCAUCACCAAAGAGAAAUUUCCAGAUUUAUGCAAUUACAUGGAAAAGCUCAAGGAAAUUGAUGUGAUUAAAGAGAGUAUAACCCCCAAAGAGAAAUUUCUAGACUAUCAUAGAUUUGUUUUUGAGUUUGUCAAAAAUCUUCCAAAAUAAGAGCCUUUCGAAGUGAAAAAAUUCUUAACUGAAUAUAGUUUUCCGCGUAUGAUUACGAACUAUUCAUUUAUCGUAUGACACAUCAAUUAAUAACACAUGUCAUAUAAUAAAUAAAUGGUUUAUAAUGGUAUAUGAAAAAUUAGGUUCACGUAAGUAUUUUUUUGAUUUACUGUUUAUCUAUAAAAUGUCAAUCAGUUUUUGGUUCUAUCUUCAUGUAUUUCAUUUAUGUUUUAUGAAUAAAAUUGUUGGCUUUAUUCA